GCAUGAUUUUGCAUACUAAAACAUGCACAAGUAAACAAAGUCAUGCAAAUAAAAUCUCAUUCAUAUUGUCCAAGGUACACGCUGAAGCAAAAAAUACUAUCGGUAUUUUCUUUGUGUGUGUGUGUGUGUGUGUUCUCCUACAGCUAUCUUUCUGGGGACUAGUUUGAGUUUUACACUGUCAGAUUGAGGACAUUUGUGCAAAGUGAGGACUCACUUGUUCAUGAGUCUGUUUGAGGGUUAAGUUUUAGGGUAAAGGUUAGGAUUACUUUAGGGUAAGGGUAAGAGUUGAGGUUAGGCAUUUAGUUAAGAUGGUUAGGAUCUAGGGAAUGCAUUAUACCAACGAGUGUUCUCAUAAAGGUGACCAUACAAACACGUGUGUGUAUGUAUGUGUGUGUGUGUGUGUGUGUGUGUCGUCUUUUACAGCUAUCUUUCUAGGGACCAAUUUAAAUGUUACACCAGUUCAUCUGUUUUAGGGUAGAUGUUGGGGCUAGGGUUAGAGUUGGGGUAAGGGUUAGGUAUUUAGGUAAGAUGGUUAGGGUCUAGGGUGGAGGGAAUGCAUUAUGCCAACGAGUGGCCUCACAAAGAAAACCAUACAGACGUGCGUGUGUGUGUGUGUGUGUAUGUGUGUGUGUGUGUGUCCACUAAUUGGACUGAAUUUCACUGAGCAACAAAAGAUCAGACUCGAAAAUUCCAGCUCUGGUUUGUACAGGCUCUGCUUUGUUGUCCUUUUGCCUCUGUUUGCUGUGUUAACAGUUAUCUCUCUCCCUCCCUCUCCUUUUUCUUUUUGUGUCUUUCUCUUCAUCUCUCUCUCUCUUUUUUUUUUUUUCAUGAGCGGACCAUGAAAGGCUUUUUUUUUUUUGCCCCAAACGAAGAGCAGUCACUCCAACUACUCAGAGGCAGGCAAACCCCAGAGGCCAGAACUUGCGAGGGGCUUCCCACAUCCACUCCUGAAUCUCUUUCUCUCGCUCAUGCACACACAGUGCAGGAACCCGUUGGACACCCACAAUGAACCCGAGACCUUCAGUGGAGUGGAUCUCUGUCGCCUCCAUUCAUGGGAAACUUGCUGCAUCUCUCGCUGUGCCUGGACCUGAGCUUCUGUUUGGGUUUUUCCGUUGAUCUCGAGGUUUCAUAAAGUUUGAGGACAGGAUGAUGCUUGAGCUGCAGACCCUUGAGAACGGUGUAGGCGGUUGCAGCCACGCGGACACGUGGAGCGCCGAAGAACUGGAAUGUAAGAUCUGCUACAGCGCGUACAACCUGGGGAGUCGCAGGCCCAAGGUGCUCGAGUGCUGCCACCGCCUGUGCUCCAAAUGCCUCGCCAAGAUCCUGGAUCUGGGUGAGUCUCCCCCGAAUGCCUUGGUCUGCCCGUUCUGCCGCUACGUCACCAGGCUGCCGGGAGAGGCUGUGAGCAGCCUGCCGGACGACUGCAACCUGGUGGCAGCGCUGGCGUUCCAAAGCAGGAACCAGAGGAACCUCCACUUCCAGCAGGACGCCACAACCGAGCUGCUCCUCAGCCCAAGGCGCCUCAGCUCGCUGAUGGGUGGCAACGCCGCCAUGCCCCCUUCCACCUUAUCCUCCUCUGCUUCCACCGCCUACUCCACCAUCCGGAGCUCCCCCAAUUUUGUGGUCAUCACCAUCAUGGAGCCGCCACCGGCGUCCACGUCGACCCAAGACCUCCAACGCCUGCCACGUGGCUCCCAGGACAACCACUCGUCCAGUCAGGACUCCAUGGCAUCCAUCACGCAGAGGUGGACGGUGUGGAACUGUGCUGCACUUCUGUGUCAGACCUCAGCCCGGGCACUGGUGUGGGUGCUGGGGCUGCUGUACUUUAGCUCGCUGCCGAUGGGGGUUUACCUGCUCAUCAUGCAGAGGACGACAGUCGGGGUGCUGCUGGUGAGCCUGGUUCCGGCCAGUCUGAUCAUGAUCAUGGUCUACGGGUUCUGCCAGUGCAUCUGCCAUGAGAUCUGGGACUGCAUGCCUCCCUAAUGGGACCAAAUGUAUGGGCGACGGUUUGCUUUGAACAUUCUCGACAAUAGAGCUCCAGAAUUCACUAAUGGGGAAGUUACUCUGCAACCAACCGCAUGAAGUUACUUCAGAUGCUCCUUUUUAUUACUGGUGAAGAGAGCAUCACAAACAGACCUCGCCAUUCGGAGAUUCUCAUUAUUAUACAUGUUAAUUUGUACUUUAAUUUUAGGUCGAAAUCCUUCCUGAUUAAUCUGCUAAUUGAAAAGCAGAAUAUUGCCCUUGGAAACCUGUCACGUUGUGCUCAUAUCUCAGCCUUAAAUUCUUCAAAUGUGAAUUUAAACAUCACAGAAUCCAAAGUUCUUGUUGUAAGUGUGAUAAAAACACAAAACAGUAUGCACCAAAAAGGAGAUCCCUGUUUUUUAUUUUUUUUUACCUUUAAAUGGAAGCGUCACAAAUAUGAGCAAGAUUUACAUUAUAUUUACAUUACUUCUUGAAAUAAAAGUAGCACUGAAUGCUUUUAUAUGUGUUUUUUUGGAUUUGUGUAAAUCUUAAUGGUUCUUGCUGAGUUUUAACCAGCAGAGGGCGCUGUGACCCUCUAACCCCGACCCCCCUUUCUCUGCACAAGUUUAGUGGACUGGA